AUGAGCAAAACCGCCAGUAGGCCCGAUUGGGCAGACGACCUCAGCGACGCUGAGCCCACAACCGAUCUUCCCGCCCCAGUCACAACCACCGAUCCCAAGACUGGUAUCAAGACCACCGUGUCAUACCGCAUCAACGAUGACGGCAAAAAGGUCAAAGUCACCACGAAGAUCCGCACAAUCACCAAGAGACACACCGUAAACCCAGCGAUUGCAGAACGGCGCUCGUGCGCAAAGUUUGGGCUGGAGAAAGGACACGCUGUAGGGCCCUCCUCAGACACCACAACAGUCGGUGAGAACAUUGUCUUCAAGCCCUCAAGAGACUGGAAGAAUGUGCAAGCACAAGAAGCGAAAGAGGGUGGUGGCAAAGCCGAGGAGAAGAGUCUGAAGGAGCAACUACGGGACAAGAAGGUCAAAUGCAGAAUCUGUCAAGGCGAACAUUUCACAGCCAGAUGUCCCUUCAAGGACACAAUGGCCCCAGCAGACGACGGCACGACACCGGCCGCGGAUCCAAUGGCCGAAGACGGAGAAGAAGUUAGCAAGGUUGGUGGACUGGGCAAAGGCGGCUCGAGCUACGUUCCACCCCACCUGCGAAAUGGUGGGGGUGCUGCUGCUGGCGAGCGCAUGGGAGGCAAGUACGAGAGAGAUGAUCUCGCCACUCUGAGGGUUACCAACGUUUCUGAGAUGGCUGAAGAAAAUGAGCUCAGAGAUAUCUUCGAGCGUUUCGGACGCGUCACGAGGGUGUUCCUGGCCAAAGACCGCGAGACAGGACGCGCCAAGGGCUUUGCUUUCAUUAGUUUCGUCGACAGAGCCGAUGCUGCGCGUGCUUGCGAUCGUCUAGACGGCUUCGGCUACAAGCACUUGAUCCUGAAGGUCGAAUUCGCGAAGAAGCAGACGUAG